GCAAUGUUAACAUCCACAGGGAGGGUGCCGGGCCGCGUCACAUUCCCGCAUCAUUGCGUGUACUUUGUGGCACUGGGAUAUUGGACAGAAACCCUUGAGUCUGGGCUUCAGGAGAGUGAUCCACUCCCAAGAAGGGGUAGUGGUGGGGGUAAACAGUAUUAAGACUGAGGAGACAAGAGCCGCCCCAGAGAAUUUUUCAAAGAACAUCGACAUGGAGAACUCCUCAGUAGCCUCCGCUUCUUCAGAGGCUGGAAGUAACCGUUCCCAAGAGAUAGAAGAACUUGAGCGAUUCAUUGACAGUUAUGUCCUAGAAUACCAGGUUCAGGGGCUACUUACAGACAAACCAGAAACUGAUGCAGACGGUGAAAGGACACCACCAAACUCACAGUGGAAUGAAGAUUUCACAGACACACUAACUCUGAAUUGGGCCUCCCCAAAGGAGAAGAACUCCCGCAAACAAAUCCAUCAGAACUGUAAUCAAGAGACGUCUUACGAUAUUUUGGGGACAGAUAUCUGGGCAGUUAACACUUUUGAGAAUGUAAGUGGAGCAACAUGGGAUCUGCAGCCUGAGAAAUUAGAUUUCACCAACUCGUUUCAUCGAAAGCAUAUACAAAACGCUUCCAAGUACCUCCCCCACAUUGAUCAAGAAGGGAUGGUGAAGGGAAAGUUUGAAGAGGAUGGAAACAUUACCUUGAAUGACCUGGAGAAAGUGCUUCCUGUGCGGCAGGUAUAUCAGCCAUUGUCUAAUGAAGCUGAAAUCGCACAAACUAAAAAGCUGUUUCGGAGGCGACGGAACGACCGGAGAUAUGUUUACAUCAGCCAAGAGAAGCUAAUGGUGGUCCUUCCAGCCAAUGACAAAAGGUCCAAUGAAAGGAGACAGCAGAGGACUCCAGGGGGAAACAAAGUGCAGCAACAACAUGGUGAGCAUCAGCCAAGCAACACAAAACACAACCGAGAUCACUCCAGACAAUACCAGGCUCCAGCACCACACUCCGCAGGAAAACAGGGUCCACCAAACCAUGGCUACAGCCAGCAGCGCCGGUGGCAGCACAACCAGAGACAUUCUCCUAAUGAAAAGGAGUUGAACAGGAAUGCCAAAGAAAGCAGUAAUGUCCAAAGUGAGGAUCCCUCACAGAGCCCUGUCCAGGUGGCUGGAGAGAUGCAAAAACCUACGGAACCACCCAGCAGCCCAACUCCACAGAAUCUCCAGAAUUCCGAAAUAAAACGCAAAGACAGCAUUUCAGAUCGACAGGUGGACCAACCAAAAGUCAAUCUUCUGGAAUCAUCCAAAGAUAGACUGAAAAGAAGGCUGAAAGAAAAGGAUGAAAUUUCCUUGGAGACAACAAACCCUCAACGAACCAAAAUGGACAAGUUGAUAGAAAUCCUCAACAGCAUGAGGAACAACAAUAGUGAUGUGGACUCCAACCUUACCACCUUUAUGGAGGAGGCACAAAACUCAACCAACUCAGAAGAGAUGCUAAGUGAGAUCGUUAAGACUAUUUAUCACAAGGCUGUAACGGACAGGAGCUUUGCUUCAACAGCUGCCAGACUAUGUGACAAGAUGUCUCUCUUCAUGGUGGAAGGAACUAAAUUCCGAAGCUUGCUCCUCAAUAUGCUGCAGAAAGAUUUCACGGUGAGGGAUGAGCUGCAACAAACAGAUGUAGAGCACUGGCUUGGGUUCAUCACGUUUCUCUGCGAGGUGUUUGGAAUAAUGCGAAGCAAUGCAGGAGAGCCUUUCCGUGUGCUUGUCUGCCCUAUCUACACAUGUCUACGGGAGCUGUUACAAUCACAAGAUGUCAAAGAAGAUGCCGUUCUGUGUUGCUCGAUGGAGCUGCAGAGCACAGGCAAGCUGCUGGAGGAACAGCUGCCAGAGAUGAUGACAGAGCUGCUAGCCGCAGCACGCGACAAGAUGCUGGGCCCCUCCGAAUCAGCGUUGACACGGUCCCUCCUCCUUGAAGUCAUCGAGCUGCAUGCCAAUAACUGGAACCCACUGACCCCUACCAUCACGCAGUACUACAACAAAACCAUCCAGAAAUUAACUGCUUAAAAAAAAAUGAAAAUAUAAACGGGGGGAUAAAGAUAAAACAGGAAGAAGGAGGAACAACAUAUGGGAAGGUGCUGUCUUUUUUUAUAUAAAAAAAGACUCUUUUUACAGGAAAGAGAGGGGAAUGUAUUAAAUUACAAAAAAGGAACAGAAAGUCCCAGCAUGCAGAGAAUCAUUUUAGGGGCACAUUCUUUCAUUCGAGUGCCAAGCCUCCUUUCCCCCUCCUGUGUUUUUGAUUGUAGUUGAUCCGUUGACAACACACCACCCCAUGGUUUGUGGAGGUCUGGAGCUAGCCUGGUAUUGUGUUGAGUAUGUGUAUGUGUGCGCUCAGUGUGCUUUAUUUGUUCUGCCAUUGUGACAGCCGUCUUGCUAAGCAAUUGGCAGAAGGUGACACUCAGCAGAUGGCCUGGCAGGACAAUAGGAAGUACAUUCUAUGCCAGGCUUGAAAAUCAAUUACUACAUGCAGGGCAGGUUUUAAGUUGACCUUUUUUGUUUUACACAUUUUCUAAUUGCUCAAAUUUUAGGAAAGGGUGCAAGGAAAAAUAAAAAAGAUUGAGUUUACAUCGGAAUCUCUAAUGCAUGUUCUUUUCGUGCAAAGCCGAAAAUUUUAAUUUUACACAGAUUCCAAAUCAGUUCUUUCCAAAAGCUAUGCAUUUGUGUUAAGUGACUGAGAGGACAGUUUUGAAUCUUUCUGUGUUGCAUUUUGUUAAAGUUUGAAAUGAUGGUGCCUGGGUACCAGAGUGAAACUGCCAAUGUUUCAUUGUCCCGGUGCUGAGAUUGUGAAAAGCUGAAAGAAGACUUGACUUGGCCUCAUACACUAAAAUGAAUGAUGGUAGAUUCAGUAUCUAAAGCUAUGAAAGGACAUUGUAGCAUAAAUGUGAAGUACUUGCUAAUAUAUUGUUAAGGGAAGGAUAUUCCCAUGAGUUUACAGUAUUCUAUUUAGACUAUAAGUCUACAAUUAAUUUAGUGUAAUUGAUUUUUUUUCCCUUAAACCAGUUUACCUUCAUCAACCAGUAAAAUGGCUCCCAGUAUUAUUUCUGGCUCAGGCACAUGAUGUGCACAAAAAUCUGUCUCCAUGAUACUUCGGCUAACAAAACCAGAAGUGGUACAUUUUGAGAAUUGGCUUUGAUUUUCAUAUUAUGUCAGAUGAUGCAUAUUCUGAAGUGUGCUCAAAGCAGUUUGAUUUCUUGGGGCUGAAGCAAUGAUAAAGCAGGUAUUUGCUCAUUAUCAUACUGCUGUUUGUGUGAGCUUGCUGUACACAAAUUGACUUCCACCUUUCCUCAUUACAACAGCGUCUACACUCAUAAAUGCUUUAUAGGGUAUAAAGAGCUUUUGGUGCCCUGAAAUUGUGCAAGGCGCUAUGUAACUGCAAAUCUAUCUUUAAUUUUAAUGUUAUAAAAUGUUGAGAUUUAAAUUUUGCAGCUUCUGAGUUUGAACUCCACAGUAUGUUGCUGCCUCUAACACACUACACAUUGUGUUAACCUGUGUAAUAAAUGCUGACUGAAUUAUCUCACAUGACAAGUGCUAAGUGAAUCAUUUUGUGUAAUGUGCGCUGACUGAACUUGUUUGUGGUAAUCACCUUGAUUAUCAUUCAGCCAUCUGACCAUGAUUGGUUUAUUGUUAUUGACAUAAUUCAAUUGUAUGAAGUGUCCAAUCAUCAUUCUCUAGUAUGGCUCCUGUUGAAAGAGGGAAGGGAGAAAAGUGACUGUAUCCUGUGCAUGAUAACAAAUAGUUGGGGGCACGUAUGAAACUAGGCUUCUUGCUAAGUUGCUGUAUGAAGUUGAACAAUUAAAAGCCAACAAUGUUGUUUGUGAUGUUUCCAAGGGCCUUGUAGGAUGUUAGGCUCUUGACAAAGUGACAGAAUACCAGUUUGUCUUAGAAGAAUGAAUUACAAUGCAUUCUUGCUCUUGGUUAAGUCUUUUGAAACCUGUCAGUUUUGUUUUUCUAGUAAUAAGUAGGUUUUGGUACUGUGAAGUCCGAGAUCCAACAAAUUAAAGGAUGAAACAGUACCUUCUAUAUACAAGAGCCAAUCACUAUAAAAGCAGCUUCAAACUGACACUUUCUCUAUUUCUUUUUGCAUUCUUGCAGUACAACUGGCGACUGGUAUUGUUUCCUGCUUUUACUCAAAAUUCCAAACAUUUGAGUGGGAGUACCAUUGGAGGUGUUAAAUUCCUACCCUCUACAUUAUGAUAUUCAGCAUAGAGUGGGAAUAUCAUAUAGCUGCUGCAAGUGGGAUAUUGAAGUCAGAGUGAGAUGCAAGUUGAAUUUAAUCUGUUUUCACGUAGCAUUAACAAGGCAAUAUCAGCCUCAAAAUUGGCUUGAUGUCUAUAUAACCACAAUGGUUGAGCCAAUGCAACCUUGAUAGGCAUUGUCAGUGACCUUGGUUCAAAGGACAGGUCACUACAAUUGUGCAACCACAUAUUCUCAAACCCAGAUAUUUUGUUGUUAAUUUGUAAGUGACAUCUGAGCAUCAGCAUUUGUUGGUCAUCCUUAAUAUCCCUUGAGAAUAUGGUAAAGAGUCACCUUUGAGCCACUGCAUUCCAUGUAGUCUAAAUUCAUCAGUUACAGAGGGACUUCGCACCUUUCACCCACUGACAGUUUAGUAAUGGCAAUAUAGUUCCAAGUCAAAAUGCUACGUGGCUUGGAAGGUAUCUUCCAGAUGGUGAUGUUCCCAUACAUCCCAUGUAGCCAUAUUCUUUUAGGUAGUGAAGGACAUAUACUUGAUACCAUUGAAAGAUCUUACUGUUGAAAGUUGCCAUGGUGCAUCGUGUAGAUGGUAAAUUCUGCUCCCAUUGUUCAUGGCUGGUGGCUUCAUAUUUAAGAUGGUGGAUGGAAUGCCAUAUCAAAUGAUCUACCUUGUCAAGGAAGGCUUUGAGCUUUGAUAGACUGAUACCCAAGCAAGUGGACAGCUUCUGUUACAUUUUUGACAUGUUAGCUUGAAAGGAUAUUCAGUAAGGGACUACAUGAAAGAUUAUUGCACUGAAGCCAAUCAUGUUGGAGUGAUGGAUUAGUAUGGAUAGAGGUUUGGCUAAUAGAGAACAGAAUAAAUGGAUUAUUUUCAAGUGGCAAACUAAUCAGUGCUGCGGUGAUCAUUUCUGGGACCUCAAAUAUUUACAAUUUAAUGAUCUGGAAGAAAGGACAGUCUGUACUGCAGUCAAAUGUGUUGAUGAUGCAAAGAUAAGUAAGAAGGCAAGUUGUGAGGA